UGCGCUGUGUCCCUCGGAAAUAGCGGAUCACCAGUCUAUGGAAAGUGCCGAAGAUGUCGGCUCGGUCAUGUGAUCAGCUGUGUCCAAUCACAGCUGAUCACAUGGGACAUGUACAUUGAUCAUCAGGACACUGAUGAUCAGUGUGCCCUGAUGAUCAGUGUGGCCCCAGAAGUGCCACCUGCCAGUGUCCAUAAGUGCCAGAUGCCAGUGCUGAACAGUGCCACGUUCCAGUGCCACAUCAAUGCCAUAUAUCAGUGCCUACCAGUGCCCAUCAAUGCCACAUAUCAGCGUCCAUCUGAGCUGCCUUUCAGUGUCACCCAUCAGUGCCUGUCAGUGCCACCUAUCAAUGACAAUCAGUGACACCUAUCAGUGAUGUCAAUCAGUGCCGCCUAUCAGUGUGCAUCAGUGCCGCCUAUCAGUGCCCAUCGGUGCCUCCUAUUAGUGUCAGUCAAUGCCGCCUAACAGUGCC